AUGGAAAAUAUUGAUCCAUCAAAGCCCACUCGUCGAACUUCUAGAAUACGCAUUGUUAACGAUCCUGAAUCUAGAAGACGAUCACAACGUUUACCAAGUUUACUUGAUGAUCUUGUUAAUUCUCAAAGUUUGAUUAAUAUUCGAUCAAUACAUACUCAAAAACAGCAAGAAAAAAAACAAUCCUCAUUAGAUGGUCACAUUAAAAUAAAUAUAUGUGGUGAUCGUUAUGAAACUUAUCGAACAACUCUUGACGUUUAUCCUGAUACAUUACUUGGAAAUGAAAAACAACGUAAAUAUUACUAUGAUGCAAAUCGUAAUGAAUAUUUUUUUGAUCGUCAUCGUGCAUGUUUUGGUGCUAUACUUUAUUAUUAUCAAUCAAAUGGUCGUUUAAGACGACCAGAUCAUGUUCCACUUGAUGUAUUUCUUGAAGAAGUUCUUUUUUUUCAAUUAGGACGAGAAGCUUUUAAUCAAAUACGAAAAGAUGAAAAUAUAUCAGUAAUUACAAAAAUAUGUUUACCAAAAAAUCCUAUUCGAAGAUGUCUUUGGGGAAUAACGGAAUAUCCAGAUUAUUCAAAAAUGGCAAAAAUUGUUCAUAUUAUAUCCAUACUCAUGGUUCUUAUGUUAACAAUAACACUUGCAAUUGAAACAUUACCACAAUAUUCUAAUUUACAUAGUUUAUAUUGUGAAACACAAUAUAAUACAACAACUAUUACUAAUAUGAAUAAUACAACAACUAUUACCAAUAUGAAUAAUACAACAAUUCAAAGCUCUUCGGCCGAACUGAAUGUUUGUCAUGCAUAUUUUAAAUCAUCUUUCUUUCUUAUUCAAGCUAUUUGCGUUGGUUAUUUUACAAUUGAAUUUAUAGUACGUAUACUAACUACACCUUCGUUAUUUGAUUUUGUAAAAACUCUAAUGAAUUGGAUUGACCUAAUUGCUAUAAUACCUUUUUAUAUCACAGUUGGUAUUUAUUUAACUCAUCGAGCAGAUGAAGCCAAUACAGAUACGUAUGCUGGUCUUCGAUUUUUACGUAUAAUUCGUCUAUUACAAGUUUUUAAAUUUGGUCGAAUAUUUAAAAAUGUGAAAUCUUUACGUGUAUUUGUAACAACAAUAAAACAAUCAUUGCUUGAUUUUUUCGUAAUGAUUAUUAUAAUAACUGCUGUCGGAUUCUUUUUUGGUGCUACGGCUUAUUAUGCUGAAAAUAGUUCACAAAAUAAAACAUUUAAUUCAAUUUUUACGGCAACUUAUUGGGGAAUUAUUACAAUUACAAGUGUUGGAUUUGGUGAUAUAACACCAAUAACACCAAUGGGUCGAAUAGUUAGUUGUAUAUGUGCAUUAUUUGGUGCUGCAACAAUGGGUAUGCUUGUUUCUGUUCUUGUUUGUCGAUACGAACGUGUUUAUGUUCGAACAGUAUUUAUUGAUGAAGCAGUUAUUGACUCCUAUGAUUAUCCGGAUAGUGAAAAUAAUGAUAUAGAUUCACAAGAUUUGAAUCAAUCGAUAGAACAUUAUGAAAAUUCGACAAAUGAAGAUGUUAAUAUACAAAUAAAUCAGAAUGUACUAAAUGAAAGUAAUACAUUAAAAACUCCUCAAACACCUAAUCCACAAUUCAAAGUAGAAAAUCCAUUGAAACCAACUAAUAAUCAAAUUUAUUUUAUUAUUGGUUAUGUUAAAAAUGAAAAACAAGAAAUAUCAAAUGAUUUAAUAGAAAAACUUAAUAGUGUUAUUGAAAAUAGACAAGCUACUGGAAAUAAUAUAUCAGUAACCAUUGUUUCCAAUAAAAAUAUUCAAGCAUCUUUGCCAUUUGAUGUUCAAUUUCAACUGGAGUCAUCAUCUGAUGAAGAAUCUGUUGAUAAUGACGACGAUGAAAGUUUAACAGAAAUUCGUCGUGGUUAUAAAAGUCAAGGAAGUGUACUUAAAAAAUUUCCACGUCGUGUAUCAGAAACUGAUGAUGAAUUGAAAAAUAUUGAAAUAAGAUGUAAUGAAAUAUUAACAAAUAAAAAUAUUGUCUAA